GAAUUAGAUACAAAAUUUUCACCUUUUGUGAUUAUGAAGAACCCUUGAUGAUUUGAUCAAGUGUUUGAUUUUGAGUGGGGCGUAAAAAUUUGAUUAACAUGACAGGUGUUUGAUUAUGAAGAACUAGAGCUGUUAAAUCCAGUAGCUCAGUAGGUGAAUUAGGUUUGGCUUGGUGUUCUUUAGAGUGUUGGGGGGCACUUUCUGGACAUCAUUCGAUGGAAUCCGCAUCGUUUAAAAGGGCCCGGGCGCCUGGCCACGGAAGCCUAGUGCCGUCGUGCUUGGUCGAUGGCUGCACUGCAGACCUCAGCAAAUGCAGGGACUACCAUCGACGCCAUAAAGUAUGUGAAGUUCACUCUAAGACCCCAAAAGUUUCAAUUAGGGGUCAAGAACAACGAUUCUGCCAGCAGUGUAGCAGGUUUCAUUCGUUGGUGGAGUUUGAUGAGGUGAAACGAAGCUGUAGGAAACGUCUCGACGGACAUAACCGACGACGGAGAAAGCCCCAACCGGAUUCUCUGUCUGUGAAUUCAGGGAUGUUUCUAUCCAGUCACCAAGGUACUCAAUACUUUCCGAUCAGCAGCCCCCAAAUAUUUUCGACGACUGCCGUAACGUCUUCUUGGAUGGGGACCCUGAAACUGGAAACCGAUAUGAACUUGAUAAACUUCAGCGGCAGAACUAGCUUGUUCCCUGUAUUCUCAUCUGAUAACUACAAAGGAGAAAAGCAGUUCUCAUUCUUACAAACUGCUAGUUCGUCACUCCCAGGAAGUGUUUCAGUUUGUCAACCGUUUCUCGAUGCGAUUCCUUCGUCAAGCAAUGGUGGCAGCAGCCGGAAAAUGUUUCCGAACGCGAUAAAUCAAACUAUCGACUCAAAUCGUGCUCUCUCUCUUCUGUCAUCCCAACCGGUUGAGACUCGGGAGAUUGGUCUGAGCCCCUUGGUGCAACAUGGCUCAGCUUCAUCAUUGAUCCCAAACUUGCAUUAUAAUGAUUUAGGAGGAAUAGGAGGUGAGCAAGUCGGAACUGCAGUUUUGGCCGCUGACGGUCGUGGUAACACCACUCUCCAUGGCCAUGAAAUGUUCCAAAAUGAACACCCAGGGUCAUCUGCAACUGGUGCUCACCAGACACUCUCCUUCUCAUGGGAGUAAAGAUAUUUGCCAUUUCCAAUCUUACCUUAAAAUCAGAUGGUUUUGGAUAUGAACUUAUUAGUGUGUUUUGGUUUUAGAAUAUUUAAUGAACUUCUGUUUGA